AUGACAACCUACGACCCCAACUGGCGCGACUUCAUCGGCACACAACUAAUCCAGAUCCUCUCCGAAUUCUCCUCCCUCCUUCCCCCUUCGCUCAUAACCUCCAUCGAAGACUCGCUCGAAGUCGCCGCCGUGGGAAGCAUGCGCCGCAACGGCACCUACCCCACAAUCGACGACAACCUAACAAUCGGCUACACGAAUCCAGCUAUAAUGCGCGCUCUCCUGUGCGAAUACAUCGGCACCCGUCGAUCCAACUCCACUUUCACGUCUUUCGCGGAAGACCAAGGGAAGAAGAUAUUACAAUUAUUCGAACGAGAAGGCGCGGAGACGGUUAGCGAGUAUAACGCGCCGACGUACUACGGCAUCGAUGUCUGGGCCAUGGGUGCGCAGAUCAAGUACGGUGUUGGUAACUCUAGCAUGACGAAGGCUGCAAAGUAUAUCCUGCCGCGGAUGAUGGGCGAUUUGGCGGAUCAUUAUAAUGGGUAUUUGGGGAAUGUGGUGGGGCCGUAUGAUAGGGCGUAUACGAGGGAUAUCACGCAGCAUUCGUCUGUUCUCUCCUUGGUACUGUGGGGUCUUUGGGGCAGGGAGCGGACGAGCCAGCCGAAGAAGAUGGAGGGGGAUUUACUAUUUGAUGUUGCUCAGGGAGCGGCUAUGACGCUUGUCCUUGGAGAUGUGGAGACGCUUUUACCAGCGCAUGUGGAAAAGGCGUUUACGACAAGAGACUUCAUUGGAGAGCCAAGGUGGCUGAACCGAACGGUUUGGGAUGAGCUCGAGGGAGGUGAGCCGAGGAUCGCGUCGAGUUGGUUGAGCAAAGAGUUGAUGAUUGGCGGACAACAGGUGGAUGAGGAUGUGAACAGAGGGGAUCAGUUCGUUCCUGCUAUUGUUCAUUGGGCGGGGGAUAAAGAGCAUAAGCCUUAUCCGCUCAACACCUUCUUCGCCCUUUACCCGUCUGCGUCGUCGAUCCACGCUGUCGCUUCGCCGAAUCAUCUCUCCGUCAGCUAUCCUAACCGGACGCAAGAAGGAAGCGAUAUCUUCACGUUUGCGCUGUCGAAUGUGCCGCCGAGUUGGACGCUGGGUACUGGGCGACGCAUAACGGGGUUCGAGGAUUUGCCGUGUGUGGAGAUUGAGGUUCAGGCGGAGGGCUUGGUGAAGCAGAAUGUGACGUAUGGAACGGCGCUGAGGAACCAUCUGUUUUACAACAUUUCGUAUGUGGUUCCGGAGGAUUUUGAGGGUGUGCCGAGGGUGGAGUUGGAUAUCAAGUAUACAUGCUAG